GGAUAUGCUAAUUUGAAUAAUAUAUAUUAGAUUUUACACUUUUCCAGAGUUUUUACCUUAAUUAUGUUGUAAUUUUUAUUUUUAUUUAGUUUUAUAACUUAUGCCUAGAUUCGUUCCCGUUUUUGACCCGGAAGUCCCUAGGUCAGAACAGGACCCUUAUUCUGAUAAACUUCUGAAACAUAGAAAGUGGGAUAAUCCUCACGCAGUUAUUCCUACUUCUAGAAAGGAUGAAGAUUCUGAUAAACACUCCACCCGCAAAUAUUUUAAGGAUAAAUAUAACGACAACAAUAAUCUGGAUAAUAAACGUGAUGAUACUUUUUAUCGCAAGAACGUUUACGACGAAUUUGAUUACGCUCCAAAAAAGAAGAAAAAGAAUGUGAAUUUGAACGUUAAGGAUGAUAAGAACACACAUGAUUCUCAUAAGGAUCAUAAGCACGUUAAAAAGGACCAUUCAAAGCGAGAACAUCACGAUAGAGAUAAGUACAGACGUAAACACAGUCAUGAGUAUAAGAAACGUUAUGAAUAAUUUUGAAUAAACCUUAU